AUGUUCUGGUCGAACGGGUCAGGGAUUGACCGAGAGACGAAGAGUCCAGACCGAGCGGAUCAGUCCGGAGGAUUGAUCCAAAUGUUCGAGAAACGGUUAUCUCGCACCGUGGGCAAGAAUCCGUCGACUGUGGUCAAAUCGCGGGUGGUGGAUCGGUGGACGUACAGCCGAACUGUUUGGACUGAACCGGAACGUGAAUCAUUGGUGGACCGAGAUCGGCAGAAUGGCCAAGCGCCCAAACCGCGCAGUCCGGCUGGCCGAGGAACGAACGUUCCGCUCGGCCAGAAUCUCAUCCGUCCGUCUGAAGUCUCGGCCAAAGUCCAAAACCGUUCGGCCGAACGCAUCACGACCCGGGAAACUAAGUCCCGCGGUCGGCCACGCCACAACCGCUCACGCCAAUGCCGCGCACGACCAUGCCGCGCGAGCCGGGAAACAAAGCCUCGCGGCCGCGCAACCUGUCUCGCGUACCACGGCCGAUGCGCCGUCCGAGCCGGGAACUACGUCCCGCGUCCGGCCGAGAAUUCAUCGGCCAAUCUUCAUCCGUCCGACCACAGCGGCCGACCACGCAUCCGUCCGGCCACGACCGUUCCGAUCGUACUAGGAGCGGCCAUGACCCGAUCAUCCGGCCGAUCGUCCCGACCGACCGUCCGAACGCCGCGGUCGACCCGAAGCCCGUUUUGA